UUAUUUUAUUAUUAUGAAAUAAGCAUUUUUGUUUUUCUAGGAUGUAGAAAUGGAGAUAUUAACAAUUAUCUUGAACUUAAUAAAGAAAGUAGAGAAACCAAUAAUAUUUAUACGGUUACUGGCACCAUUAUUUUCAUCAGUUGAUCAUCAGAGGUCAAGAAUUUUAUUAUGCAGCAUUGUAAAUGCUAUUGCUGAAAGUGAGAAUGCCAUUAAAAAUUUAGCUGUUAUAAUAGAAAAGAUCAAUGCAUGGAAUUUGAAACAAAUUGACGAACCAGAUUAUGAUGCACGAUUGCAAGGUUAUAAAAUGUUGACAACAAUUAUUUUAAAUGCAGAUAAACAAAAUAUUGAUGAUUUAAAAAUGAUCAUUUAUAACUGUGUAUAUUUUGUGAAAACUAGUGGUGAUUUGUCCAUAAGAGAUAAUGCAUCUUACAUUCUUCAAAUAUUAUCUAAAUUGUUGGUGGAGAAAAAAGAUACAAAUAAAGAAUUAUUUUGUAGUAUAGUUAAACAAAUUCUAAUAUUACAAAUUCGAAAUGGUUUAAAGCACAAAUCAGAAAUUGUUCGACAUGAAUUUAUUAAAAUUUUGACAAAUCUUCUUUGUGAUCAACAUAAAUUCCUGUCAUUAAAAGAAUUGUCUCAAUUAUGUAAUGAAGACAAAGAAGUGGACUUCUGGGAAAAUAUUAGGCAUAUUCAGAUUCAUAGAAGAACAAGGGCAAUUACACGUUUAAUUCAUAGUUUGAAGAUAAAAGAAUAUAAAUUUCAUUCUGCUACAUUGUGUCAUUUUAUUAUUCCUAUUGCUUCUUCAUUUUUAUAUGAUGCAUCAUAUAUUAAACAUAAUCACCUCAUUGAUGCUUCAGUGGAACUUAUUGGCAUUGCAAGCAGUCAUCUUCCUUGGCACAGAUAUAUAAAGAUAUUCCAAUAUUAUUUAGGAAUUUUGUUGCACAAACCUGACUUCCAUAAAGUCUCAGUCAAAUUGAUAGUUUCUAUUUUGAAUGGAUUUCAUUUUGAUUUGUCAAAAUCUAAAGGAUUAUCUUUAAUUGAUCAAAACAAAAACAUCAGAAUGAAUACUGUGUACUGUCUUCCACGUUCAUUUUGUUUCUGA